AUGAAUGACCAGCUAAGAAGAUUUCUACUAUAUACACCGUCACAAUUUAGCUAUGACCUUGACGGAAAAGCCAAAAAGGAAAUUCGAAAAGCUUUGUUUUUAUCGAUAACCGACCAAGGCAAAUUUUUACAUUGGUUAUUUCCUGGUAUAUCGGAGGAUUUCGUUGAAAAGGAGUUUGAUUGGAAGUACCCCAAUUAUCUCAAGUAUUUGGCUACGAAAAGAGACCUUGGUGAAACACAUAGCAAUUCUGCAUUCCACUCGAACCGGCCAUGCUCGAGAAUUUUUCGCAAAGGAGAGCCUAUAUAUAGAUGUUUGACUUGUGGGUUUGACGAAACAUGUGCCUUGUGUGCUCAUUGUUACCAGCCUUCAGAACACAAAGGGCACGAGUCCUAUGUUGCAAUCUGCCGCCGAGAAAACGGAGGAGUUUGCGACUGUGGCGACCCAGAAGCUUGGAAUCGAGAUUUCAAAUGUCCUUAUGCCUUGACUGAUUCCAACAUGCACGAUAGGAAUUUGCCUAGCGAUUUUCAAGAUGCCAUUGUAAGGACAACAAAUAUCAUUUUAGAUCAUAUUAUAGAUGUCAUGGUGCGUAGCGAUUGCCACCUUGACGAGUUGGAAGAGGAGAACAGUAAACACACUGUCGAGGAAAAUACCCGGAUUAGUGCCCUUGACCCCCACGUUUACGGGAGCUGCCCAACAAAGUUUUCUGACAUGAAUAAUGGCAAUUAUUGCUUAAUGCUAUACAAUGACCAAGUACAUCAUUAUAGAGAUGCCGUCCAACGUGUUCGUUUGGCCAGUAACAAAUUUAAAGAUUUUGCAACCAUGGUUACAGAAAAGGUUCAGAACUAUGGAAGGGCAAAAGUCGUUAGCUCAAAAAGUAUCGAGGUAUUACUAGAGAGACAGAAAAUCUUGAAUGCAACAGGAUUGAUUACUUGUAUUAGGAGCGAGAGGGACAUAUUUCGAGAAGACGUAUGCCACGAAUUGAUUGUAUGGUUAAACGAUUUUGCAGAAAGUGAAUUUUUUAAAAUCAAUACUACAGCAAAGGAUUUGUUCUGUAGUGCAUUUUGCGAGCAGUGGCGACGUGGUGUUUCAAUAGAGGAGGAGAAGGAGGGAGAAAGAGAAGAUUCAACAGGAAGCGGACUCAAGAUUGGAAGAUUGAAUCGAGAUUUAACAAUCCCUCAAGGGGGUCGACUACAACACAACAAAGCGGAACCCCCCCAGAAGCAACCACAAACUUGUUCAAAAUGCCUUAGUGUGGUGCAAGAUAAACAUCUGACUCAAUAUGGCUCCCACUUGCAAUAUAUGAUAUUCUUGGAUGUGAGAUUUUGGAAAGCAGCACGCUUUUUGUUGCGUGAUAUGUUCUCUACCUCAUUGAUAACUAAUUUGAAGUUGAAAAAUACACUAUCAUGCCAGUAUGUUGAUAUUUACACAGUGACUGCUUAUAAUUUCCUAGUUAUGGAUCGCGAACCCGAAUGGAACCUUAUGUCGACAUUAUCGACACAGCUAUUCAUGAGUCCUGGAAACUCAAAGUUCAUUAUUCAACGUGGUGACUUCACAUCCAUUCUUUCUUCGAUUCAUACAUUUUUGACUUGUGAUAAAAUAGUAUCGUACAGCCCAAGUAAUGAGAUAUCGCAUGAAGUUUCCAUCAAAAAUCUCAAGAAUAGGAGAUGGGGCCAGCUCUUUUUUGAUAUCAGCUUUGUGAUCAGUAGGGGAAAAGAGUAUAGAGACGUUUUGAAUAAAGAAAGUGUGGCUCUCAUAUGUGAUAUUUUGGAACUUUUCCAAGGAAGACCCGUUUUGAAGAGGGAAAAAAUUGCUCAUGUUGAGUAUGAAAAUCCCGAUUAUUCCACUAUUUUUCAAGCAGUUCAGGCCAUUUAUAAGUUUGCAGAGCUAAGUGCAGAUUCAAUAAACUGUUUUGAAAAUGGAUGCAUUCAAAGAGAGGAACGGGUUCGCUCCACUAUAUCCUAUGUGCUCAAAUACUUGAUUCAACUAGAGCUAGGUGAGAUGAAAGGAGUAAAGUAUGAAAACACAGAUAUCAACAUAUGCAUACCAGAUGCAACUAGUCGAGAACCGAUAACCGGAAUGGCGGUGAAAGUUUCAAAAGUGGAUUUGGAUAAAGUCAGUUUUCUUCAUCCAUUGCAUUCAUUCUUGAGUUGGUUGAUUGAAUAUGCAAGCUUUCCUAGCAUGAAUAUCUUGAAAGAAAUUUUUGAUCAAGUGCAGAUGGAGAGUUUGCACAAAAAACCCUGGUCCAUUGGAAGUUUGAUAUUUGAUUAUCCAAUAAAAACAAUUGUUCUUUUAUCACAAAUUAAAGCAGGCUUUUGGGUCCGGAAUGGGUUUAGCGUUAAAUCGCAAUUGCAAUUGUAUAGAAAUACCGGCAUUCGUGAUCACGGAUAUAUGAGGGAUUUGUUUCUCAUACAGGUUUUCUACAACAUUGGACAUCCAGAUUUUGUAACAUAUUUGAUUCUAGAUAGAUGGUGCCUUCUAGAGAAUUGGUUACAGAGUCAGGAUGAUGACGAUGAUGAUGAUGAUGAUGAUAAUGACGCCUUAACUUAUGACGAAAAGAUACUACCUUAUAUGCUUGAAGAAUGUCUCAAUUUCUUUAUACACCUUAGCACUGAGGUUGUACACUUGAAAGGCCUUUCAGAAGAGGAAUUGAACAAGAUCAAGAUUAAACGGGAACUUAUGCAUAACUUGUGUUUUGAGCCAAUUGGAUACAAGAAAUUGUGCUCAUACAUACCCGAGAGCGUGGUUUGCGACAAGAUAUUUGACAUCACAUUAAAUGAGAUAACUAUCUACAAGCAACCUGUUGGACUGAACGAUUCAGGGGUUCUCCAGUUAAAAGAUGAAUACCUCGACCAAAUUGAUCCCUACUAUUUCAACUACACUGCUAAUAGAAGAGAUGACGCUUUAAAGUUUGUUAAAAAUAGGAAAUGUAAGAGAUGGGGAACUUGUGCUGAGGAUGUUGUUGUUGAACCUAUGCUUAUAAACGAUGAUGAAGAUGGUGUUUUGGAGAUUUACAAAUCAACGGCAAACUUUUCCCUUUCGCAUUACUUUAAUGAGUUUAUUAUAAAAAUUCUAAUCUAUAUACAAAGGAACACCAAAGAACAAGUUGAGAUCUUGUUGGAUACUGUUUUGCAUUUGAUUCACAUUUGUUGUUUGGAACAGAUGAUUGAUGCAAAAAGUUAUGGUAGUUUUUACUCCAAACUUGUCAAGUGGUCUAACAAGUACUCCACUUCCAUUGUGGAUUUGUUGUACAAGUUUCUUGCAGCAGGAAAUUACGAAUCGGUACACUCAAAAAUUCGUGCAAUUUUAAUCGCUGUUAACAAAAGGCACCCUGAUUUGUAUAAAGUGAUGAAAGAACAAAAUGAACUGUUUGAUCCAGAAGUUAUGAGUACUGAACACGAUAAACUGACACAAGAGAAUGAAGCAAUGAGAAGAAAGCGGAUUGCUAAAACUAAGCAACAACAUUUAUUAGAGAAAUUUAAAAGACAGCAAAUUGAGUUUUUGAAAAAUAACUUACAAGAAGAUGUUGACGCCAGCGACGUGAAAAUGGAAGACAAUGAUGAAGAACACGGCUGGACUUUCCCAGAGGAGCAUUGUAUAUUGUGUAAAAAUGCAACAGAAACAGCAGGCCCAUUUGGUAUUAUUGCGCAUAUUGGACGAUCGUCCACUUUUCGAAACGUUCCAUUUGAUAACGAUUAUUGGUUUUUAAAAGCUUUCUCAGACUCGGUAAAUUUGAAUUGCUGCGACGAGAAACAUGAGACGACACAAAUAAAAACGGAAAAGUGGAACGCAUAUAUGGAUACGGUGAAAAGCAACAACACUUUUGGUCCUGGAUUUGAUACAGUCAGCUCGGUAGAAAACAAAGUCGUAUCGCUGACCUGUGGACAUGGAAUGCACUUUCUUUGCUACCUCAAUUACGUUGAGAAUAGCCGUGCAAGACAAUUUCAAAUAACAAGAAAUACGCCGGAGAAUUCAAACCUGAGAGAAAUUCUUUGUCCGCUAUGUAAAUCAGUGAAUAAUGUUUUUAUUCCUGUUUUUGCCAAACGGAACAACAGAUCACUACUGGAGCUUGUAUCUCAAAGGAAGUCCUGUUUCGGAAAUUUAAUCGAGAAAGAGGGGUUGUUCUUCAACACUAGGUUUUAUGCAGAGUGCUCUUCAUUGCUAAAAGGGGAUGUCGAAGAAAUGCUAACACCAGAGACAAGAGACAGCUCGUUUUGGAAAAGCUGGGCUAUACAAAAUAAGUCAAAGUUUGAAGCAUUAAUUAAAAGCAUACUUGAUGCCUUAAAAUCAAUAACAUUUCCACGGAUAUUGGAACCUGAAUCAUCCAUAAUUUUGAGCAAUACGAUCAAGUGUGCGGAAAUCUCGCUUCGGGGAGUUGCGUCUAAUGAACACUUGGUGAUACACCAGAUACCUAAUAGCACAAUGAUUAUUUUGAGGACCUUGUGCGAGUUUAGGCUUUCAGUAGUGGACAUGAAAAUGGAGGCUUCUGGUAACGAUUUGCACUGGAAGGGAGACCAUCCGAGUUCAAGAAUUGCCUCGAACAUACUUUCAUUAUCUGCAAACCAAAUCAACUCAACUUUAAUAGAGGCUGAUUUUUUCGAUCUCUUGGUGAGCAUAGUCCCAAUACCAUCACUUGGGGUUUGUUUCAACACAAUAUUGAACACAACUUUUGUUUGUCAUGUGCUACAGUGUCUUUACAUCAUUCAAAAAGAGCUCAGUGCCCAUUUUUUUUCCAAGACUCGUGAUUACUCUAUUGAGGAUGUUCCCAUUCUAGCUGGUGUUCCGAUAGAAACUUCGAAUCUUGCUUUGGCAUGUUUCCAAAUUCUACUGUGUAGUGAUGAUAAUCACAACUAUCACCACCGCCAAGCUAGUGAAGUUUGUAUUUCUGGUUCAGUGAUAUACUCGAUGUUGAUGAAAACUGUAACACCGUUUUUGCGCCGUGCUGCCAUAUACGCAUUUGUCCAAAGCGCAAAUCUUGAUGGGGUCGAUCUGCUGUUUGAUCCUGAAACUGAACAAGAAGCAGAAAAAUUAUGCUCCAUGUUGAACUUGCAAACAGUAUCUGAGGUGUUACUCCGAUUAUCCACUGCAAAUACUUGGGAAAAUGCAAUUCUCAGUGGGUUUAUUGACUUUCUUCGAACCAAGCCUGCAGAGCUAUUUCUCGCUAAGAAACUUGAGUACCCUGGGGUAAUCAAAUUGAUCGAUUUACCGGAAAGAUUGGAUUUCUUUUUUUCAAAGUAUUACUAUCUGGACAAAUUCGAUAAUCCACACCAUCUCAUCGAAGACCCUGCAAUUUGCUUAUUUUGCGCCAAGGUAGUAGACUUACAAAAGCAAGCUAUAGGCUGCAACGAAGGAGAGUGCACAACACAUUACCUUCGGGAGUGUUCGAGUGAUGUAGGUAUAUUUUUACUACCAAAGGAUAGGACGAUGUUACUUCUUCAUAAAACAGGAGGUUCCUUUUGCAGUGCGCCUUUUCUAGAUGAACAAGGCGAAUUGCCAGAUGAGAAUAAGCAAUCAAAAGCUUUGCAUUUGAUGAAGCCAAGAUACAAUGAAUUCACGAGGAACGUCUGGUUACAACAUAAUGUACCAAACUACAUUGCUAGAAGCUUAGAGAGCGUAUUAGACCCAGGCGGAUGGGAAACGUUAUAG